UUGAUCGUCCUCGUGCUCAAGCAGUGAUGUCGUCGACGACGGUGGUGCAGUGCACGCGUCCGGUAAUCCUUAACGAAGCGCCGCAGCAAGCAUGGGUGGAGAUCUCGAUGGAACCUGGCAAUGCGAGGUUGAAGAGCGGUGCCGGGUUCAUCUGGCUUCGCGAAGCCAAAGUGUAUGCCGAGCGAAAGGACAAGGUGUACGACGUGCGCGUGACUGACGCCAAGACAAACAUCAUGCGGUUCAAAAUGGAGUGGAAGACUUGGAAAGAGACUGGAGGAGGGUUUGAAGCAGCACUCGCGCAAACGAUCGACAAGGUCAAGUCGUCGUCGAGCAUUGAGGCCAUGAUGAUGCGUCGACGCAAGCGGGCCCCACCAGCCGUCAAUGCCGUCGCGGUCACGAAAAAAGUUGACGAGAAUGUCAAAACGGAGUCUGUCCAACCUGUUCCGGCCGCAGCACCAACAGAAGCGGCAUCGACGCCACCACCUGUCCAUGCGAACCCACCCAUGGACGACACCGCUGUAGUCACGACGGACGAAGAAGACAAACGAUUGCUUCCGUUAGACGUCCUGGGCAGCCCCCGACCUGCGCGGAAGCGUUUGUCCUUGCCGCUGCAAUCCCCGCCACGUCUAGUCACCCACCGCAUGUCCAUCUCGCCGUCGUCACCCAUGAAGCAAGGCAUGACCGCCAAGUCGCCGUUCCGUUCACCGUUUCGCUCUCCAUUUCGAAAGACCGAAGUGGAAAAGCGGUACCUGAGUCCGACCCGCGACGCCAGCAGCAGCAGCCCCAUGCCCCGCCGUCGAUUGAAGCGGCCGCAUCAGGAUAUUGUGGAAGCACUCGACUCGCCCGACCGACCUCCUCGCCGCGUCCGGUCGCUCUUCGACGCGAAUGAAGCUGACACUCUCACUCCAGCAUCCCCGCAUCUGAUGGCCCCACUGGCAGUCCACGUCGCGACGCCGCCGCUUUCAACGACCAGCGCAGAACCAUCGCUGGCUUCUAAGAGUCUGCCGUCCACAGUUAGCAAGUACUUCAAGCCGCCGGUGUCACUAGCCAGCAUGCUCCCGUCAGCCUUUGUGGACGCAGGAACCAUGUCGCCAACUGCGACGACCUCCCCAUCACAACCGCUUGAAACAUCCUCGUCGAGCCUCGCUCCGCCUUCCGCCCGUCGGUCCCCAUGCACCCCCAGUGGCAGUACCGACGACGGCAGUCACCACAGCAAAAAUAUGCGACAACGUGAUGGCCAAUCGCCGUCCAAAAAUGACUCGCCACACAAAGAGACCGACCAUUUGUCGACCAGCGCUCCUACGAAUCAAGCCAUCAUCGUCGUUCCACCCCCGCAACUCCACGGACUUGUCAACUUGGGCAACACGUGCUACAUGAACGCAGUGCUACAGGCAUUGCUAUGUUUGCCAGCGUUUACAAGCGCAUUGCGCACCGAAUCUUGGGUAGAUGACGUCCAUCUCAAGCCAAUGGCUGCAGCCCCACAUACUGAAGAAGCCAACACCAACCAUGUUCUGUACACGCUCUUUCAAGCCAUGGUCCAGGCCAAAUUAACCGGAAAAGCAUUGGGGAAUCCAAGCGCACUCAAAGCCGAGUUGGCCAAACGAUCGCCCAUCUUUGCCAACAAGGAACAACAGGACGCCCACGAGUUCUUUUCCACGUUUCUGCACGAACUUGAAGAAGACAUGACGCGUCUGGCAAUCAUGCAAGCACUCGAAAACGCAGCCAAACCCAAGCAGACACUGCUGUCGUACUUUGGCCGAUCCUCCCACCAUCAGCCGCCGCGUCCCGUGACGCCCGGCAACCUGCUGCCCACCGCAGCUUGCUUCCAAACUACCCUCCAACAAACCCUCACGUGCACUUCGUGCUCGUACAGUCGGCCCAUUUCAGAAACAUUCCGCGAGCUUUCGCUGGACUUUCCGCCUCUAUCGGUGCAUCCGCCCCGCCCCUUGGUGUGCUCGUGUCGAAAGCCGCCGGUGCUACUCACCGUCAAGAAAGAAGGCGCCAACCACGGCCGCCAGUUUGUCAAAUGCGGCCAACCUGUCAACCCGUGCAAGUUUUUUGAGUGGCAAGACUGCCCCCCACUUGCCCCACUUGCCCUGACCCAGUUGCUCACAGAGCAUUUCAAACCGCGCCAAGUGGACAUCACGUGUGAAAAGUGUCCCCAUGGAAAGCAAGCCACCAUGACGUGUCACAUCCAGUCGUUGCCGCCAGUGCUGGUCCUCCACUUGAAAAGAUUUGAAGUCCAGCAUGCGACCUUGACCAAACGGGUGGAUGCUGUCGACACCCCCGUGUCAUUGGAUCCGUCGACGUGGCCUCUAGCUGGCAUCGCGUCGACACCCACUGACCUUGCUAUAGCUACCACCCACGUGCCAACUCCAUUGUACGAGCUCAAGUGCAUCGUGCGGCAUUUGGGUCGCACGGCCAACGAAGGACAUUAUGUGACAGAUGUCCACGACGACCAACACCAGUGGAUGCGAUACAACGACACCCUUGUCACACAAGUGGAUGCUACUCAAGUGUUGCAAGGCCAUGGAGCCAAGUCGGGGUACCUCCUGGUCUACGUGCAGCGAGACCUUGUCCUCCGUCCAUCCGUCCAUGCAUCCGCCCCCCACGCCGGAUAAGUACAUCCACUUUGGCAAACCAUCCAAGAAGAACCUUGGCAACUUUGAGCGGUGGCUCGCAUAACAUAUCCCAAGCUUGCAGUUGACUGCAGUGGUGUUGUUCACCACGAUGGAGGAGGCUGUGUUUUGAUAAUAAUUUACAUGCACUUGAUUCAAAGCCA